AUGAAUGAAUUCUUGGAAAAUUCUAUGAAAAAAAGAAAAAGCAGACAAGUUUUGAUAGCAGAGUAUGAAGAAUGGUUGAAUAAAAUUGAACGAAUGCGUAGUGAAAAAUUUCAGCAUUUUAUCACAACCAACAAAUUCGGAUACAGACAAAAUUUUCAACAUUCUAUCAACCUUGAGUUAAAUAAUAGAAUAUCCAUAGAAAGCUUAGAAAUUGAUAAAGUACAUACUGGAAAGUUUUUAUUGUGUCAAGUGAUAAACAGAUGUGUUAAAAUGAACCCCCUUUUUACGCUCAUAGAAGAUCCUGAGGGUAAUGUUGACCGAAUCGCUUUAUAUAAUUGGGUUGAACAAUCAGCUAUUCCCGUCAAAGAUCGGAAAAAGGUACUUUCUAUUCAUGAGGCAUCAAAGUUUCUACCCAUAGGUACCAAACUUGCGAUCAAGAAUCCAUAUUAUCAACUUAUCCCCAGUUUUGACGUCAUAAUUAGUCCAGAUGGGCCUAGUCUUAAUACUCAUUUUGACCCUGUUAUUCGUUCAGAUAAUCCUAAUGAAGUUAUUGUUAUCGAUCACGAUAAUGAGCUGCUUAACAAUAUAAAGUGGUUCAAUAAUCUGAAGAUGAAAGAGAAAAAAAUCAAUGUCAUGGCAGCUGAUGAUAAGCAAAUUUUAUCAGCCGAUGAUUUUCGACAAAGUGGAAAUAAAUAUUUUAUUUCAAAUGAUUUUGCUGCAGCCGUUGAUGAAUAUACUAGUGGUAUCAAACUAGAGCCACAUAAUGUCACUUUGCUUGCCAAUCGUGCAGAGGCAUAUUUGCGAUUGAAUCAAUUUGGUAAAACUCUCAAUGAUGUGGAGAUCGCUCUCAAACAUGAACCCGGCCACCUGAAAGCAGCUUUUCGCAAAGGUAAAGCUCUUUGUGGUCUUAAACGUUACCAAGAAGCUAUAAUCAUACUUAAAGAUUUGGUUUCAAGGCUGCUAGUGGGUAACGAUGAUUCAACUGCUUCAAUCAAACAAAGUACUGAAAUAUUAUUAAAACAUGCGAAUAUAUGGGAUUCUGAAAGCCGGUAUGGAAAAUAUGAUUAUACAAAGAUUGUUGACGAGUUUUGCGAAAAGAUUAAAAUUAAUCAAGACAGUGGUGAUUGGAUUUGCGGAACAGGACCAAGAUUAGACCAUGCAGAUUUUCUGAGUGAUGAUAUCGAGAUUCGUCCCGUAAAAAAAAGGGGAAGAGGUUUGGUUGCCAAACGAGACAUUCCUGAAGGCACUCUUUUGAUGGUUUCUAAGGCAUUCGAAGUUGUGUAUGGCAAUGAGGCUUCCUUAAGCUACGUAAGUAUGGAUUUUGCAUCCAAAACCAUAAAUACAGUUACACAUUCAGAAUUAGCGAAACGCAUUGCCCAAAAACUUUUAGUAGAUCCAGAUCUUUGUCAGGAAGUCUAUAAGCUUUAUGCUGGUCCAGAAGUAGAAAAUCUUGGUGGAGAUUUAUUAUGCUCAGUUGAUGUGAGGAGAAUCGAAAAAAUUAUUAAAUAUAAUUAUUUUGAAUUGGUGGAACAUUGGGAUAUAUGGCACACAGAAGAAAACAAACGAUUAACUAAAGAUCUCGGAGCAGGGUUAUGGAUCUUGCCAUCUUAUAUCAAUCACUCAUGUGUUGAUAUAAAUGUUGACCGGUUGGUUAUUGGAGAUAUGAUGUUUAUAAGAACUUGUCGGCCUAUUUUGAGUGGUAAAGAGUUGAUUCUUAAUUAUUGUAGUCCAGUGAAUUCAUAUGAAGUACGAUCUUACGCUCUUAGACUACAUGGUAUAAAAAGUUGUUCAUGUAGACUUUGCAACUUGGAUAGAUCUGAGUCAGAGAAAGUCAAGCUUCGACGAGCAAAUAUUCUUGAAACUUAUGAGAAAUCUCUCGAACCUCGAAUGCAAUUAUCAUUUAUCAGCGCUAAUUAUAGUCCUCCCAUAAAAGAAUUAACAAAAUUGAUCGAUGAAUUAAAAGAACUACGAGGAAAACAUCCGGAUCUAGAAUUUCAUUCAUUUGAAUUAAAGUCUGAUUUGGCAGAAGCUUAUGUUAGAACUGGGAAUGUCCUUCAAUCUCUUCUUGUAUUUAAGGAGAUAUACAAUUUCGAGAAAACAGCUCAAUUGUCGCAAUUCUCUAGCGAUGCUGCCUAUAAAAUUGCAUCCCAUUACGUUAGACUCAAUCAAAUGAAGGAAGCCAAGGAAUGGUGGGACGUGGUACUGAAAGAAUUAGCAGGAUCUAUAAGAGGAAAAUUUAAUGAAGGAGAAACCAAAUGGAGAAAAGAGGCACUAUAUUUAGCAAAAAAAUUAUCGCCAAAAAUGUUUUCAGAUGCUAAGAAUAUAGGGCUUUUAUAAGUAUUACACAUACUUUCCUAUGCAUUAAAACAUGCUCUUUAUAUUUUUAUACACGCAUUUUUGAGUAGAAUUUUCACUUCGAAAUAAAAGAGUACAACAGAUGGUUGUAAUCUUUCGGCUUUGUCAAUAUUUUUAUGAUAAGUACUAUAGCUUUAAUA